AAUUGCCUGCGUUUGCGUUGUUCAUCACGGUUCAUGGCGCGAGUGUGGAAUACGGAACCGAAGUGCCGAUUUUGUAAAUGUAAUUUAGUUGUCUGCAAGUCUGUCACUGUAGCGGGCUUAGUUUCGGUUGUGUAUUGUUAAAAUUUUAUUGUCACCACCUGUAAAACUGAAGCUUUUCGAAGCUUUAGCCCGACCUUCCGGCACUUAUCUGACAUUUACACCUACAUUUCUAUCUUUUUAGUCUUACUUGUGUAGUGUUUCAAAUCUCCAAGUUGGAUACGGCCAAGUGGUAGUGCAGUUAAUUAACAGUUGAACAUUUGUGGGGUGGGUAAAAUGGACCAGAGUAGCAUUACUCCAAACACAUCCAACCAACAGUUGGUGAUAAACGGGGACAAUGAUUCUGCGACAGCAUUGCUGCAUGAGAAACAGUCUCGGAGACGGGACGAUCUGAGCGAUGUCACCUUCAAAGAAUACAUGACUGUCGGCAUUUUGUGUUUCGUCAACCUCAUCAACUAUAUGGACAGGUUUACCCUGGCUGGCGUACUGGACGAUGUAAAAAAAGAGUUCGGUAUCGGCGAUGACAAGGCCGGCCUCCUACAGACGGUGUUCGUCAUCGCGUACAUGGUGUUCGCGCCCAUCUUCGGCUACCUGGGCGACAGGUACUCGCGGCGACUCAUAAUGGCGUUUGGGGUGGCGCUGUGGAGCAUAACCACAUUCGCCGGUUCAUACAUCCAAUCAUACUACUCGUUCGCGAUAUUCCGCGGCAUGGUGGGCAUCGGUGAGGCGUCGUACUCAACCAUAGCGCCAACCAUCAUCAGUGAUCUCUUCGUCGGCAAUGUCCGAUCAAAAAUGCUCGCGUUCUUCUACUUCGCCAUACCCGUCGGAAGCGGUUUUGGCUACAUUGUGGGGUCGGUCGUGGGUGGCGCUGCGAACAACUGGCGAUGGGGGUUGAGGGUGACGCCAUUUUUGGGUGCGGUGGCCGUGGCGCUCAUACUGUGGGCCAUGGAGAACCCGGAGAGAGGCCAGGCGGAGGAGAGCCGCAUGAAACCCACCUCAUAUACAGAAGACCUGCGAUCACUUGUGAGGAAUCCGUCGUUCAUGCUGUCUACGCUAGCGUUCACGUGCGUGGCGUUCGUGACGGGCGCGCUGGCGUGGUGGGGGCCGCAGUUCAUCUUCCUGGGCCUCACGCUGCAGCCCGGCGUCAACAUCACCCAGGAGAGGGUGUCGCUAAUCUUCGGGGCACUGACGAUGACGUCGGGCAUCGUCGGCGUACCGUUGGGCGCGUGGCUGGGAGCGGCGUUGGUCAAGCGCUGGGGGCGCGCGCACGCCGUCAUCUGCGGCGUUGGACUGCUGGUCUCUACUCCCGCGAUGGCGCUGGCUAUGCUGUUCACGGAGGCAUACUUCUACGCGCCGUUCGCUCUCAUGUUCUUUGGGGAGGUUGCGCUCAAUCUGAACUGGGCGUUAGUAGCGGAUAUGUCGCUGUAUGUGGUAAUACCGCCUAGAAGAUCGACAGCAGAAGCCUUCCAGAUAUUGAUAUCGCAUAUGUUUGGGGAUGCUGGCAGCCCUUACUUGGUAGGAGUGAUAUCUGAGUCGUUAAAGAGAUCGUCAUCGUCAAUAGAGCCACCCAGCCAACUUGUGCAAUUCAGAUCGUUACAAUACGCGCUGUUCGUCACGUGUUUCGUCGAAGUCAUCGGCGGCAUAUUCUUCCUGUUGACAGCUAUAUACAUUGUCAAAGACAAACUAAAAGUAGACAGAGCUAUUGCAGUUGCUUCAAAAAUAGUUUAGGCCAUAGAAGCAGAAGCGCAAAGUGCUGAGCCGUCACACAGUAACGCACCGGAAGAGCAAUUGGGACCUGAGUAACAUGGCAACUGUAUUUGUCUGCUGUAUUUAUUACAUUCUUACCAAUAUCUCGCUGUGGGUACAUUUAUAAAUUAUAUUUUACCUAUUGAUGUGCACAUACGGGCGGUAUGUUAUCGAUAAAUAGCACGUGUCUUUAUUUUUUUAAUUCUUGUUUUUUUAUUACGAAUCCCGCAAA